AUGGAAGAGUCCAUCCACCAGAAGGAAGGCCAAUAUGAAAUGAAAUUGCCCUUCCGUAGAGAAGACGUCCAAUUGCCUAACAAUCGUUCACAAGCCCUGCAGCGUCUAACUAGCCUGAAACACAAGAUGAAGAAAAACCCGAAGUUCCAUCAAGACUACAAGGAUUUCAUGCAGCAUAUAUCAGAUCAUUCUUAUGCAGAAGAGGUCUCCGAGUCAGAAGUAGAUCGAAAUGAUGGCAGGGUCUGGUAUAUCCCACACCAUGGGGUAUACCACCCAAGGAAGGCUAAGAUAAGAGUCGUCUUUGAUUGCUCCGCUAAGUAUGCUGGCCUGUCCCUUAAUGACACUCUACUUCAGGGCCCCAACCUGACCAAUAAUCUAGUUGGCGUGUUGCUGAGGUUCCGAAGAUAUCCGGUGGCGAUCACUGCAGACAUUGAAAAGAUGUUCCAUCGGGUGAGAGUUAGCAGCGAAGAUAGGGAUUACCUGCGAUCCAUGUGGUGGCCAGAUGGCGACGUGGAAGCUGAGCCCAGAACGUACCGGAUGAAUGUCCAUUUGUUUGGGGCUGCAUCAUCCCCAAGUUGUGCCAACCUGGCACUCAGAAAAUUAGCAGAAGACUAUCGUGAAAACUACAGCGAAAAAACCAUCAAGGCUAUCCUGAAAUCUUUCUAUGUUGAUGACUGUUUGGAGUCGAUCAAAUCAGAGGUCAAGGCCAUCCCCCACGUCAAAGAACUAACAGGCAUCUGUAAUCAAGGAGGGUUCAGGUUAUCACAGUGGCUAAGUAAUAGCUGCAUGGUUUUGGAGUCGAUACCUGUGGAAGAGCGAUGUAAGGGCGCUAAGGAUCUUGACCUCGAUAAGGAUCAUCUGCCAAUAGAACGAACACUUGGCGUGACAUGGCAAGUUGAGAAUGACGCCUUCAGUUUCGCUAUAAAGAUAGAGGAUCGCCAGCCUACAAGACGAGGAUUGCUGUUCGUUAUUAGUUCGGUGUACGACCCCCUUGGUCUAGCUGCACCUUUUAUCCUCCCAGCGAAAAUCCUUCUCCAACGUCUGUGUGAAAAAAAUCUUGGCUGGGAUGAAGAAAUAGACGGACCCGAACUUGAGAGAUGGCAAGUGUGGCUACAAGACCUACCCAAGCUAGAGAAGCAUGUCGUUCUCAGAUGCGUAAGGCCUAGGAACCUUGGGGUCAUUCGCUCAAGUCAGGUGCAUCACUUUGCUGAUGCUAGUGAGGCCGGUUACGGGACUGCCUCUUACCUCAGGCUCGAGGAUACAAAUGGUAAUGUGUCCUGCACUCUGUUGCUAGGCAAGGCCAGGGUAGCCCCGUUAAAGAAGACCACCAUACCCAGAUUAGAGCUGACGGCAGCUACUGCAGCAGUUAAGAUGAAUCAUCUCAUCAUGAAGGAGUUGGACUACCCAGUCGAUAACACCUUCUUCUGGACAGACAGCACCGCAGUCCUGAGAUACAUCAGAAACGAGACAAGCAGGUACAAGACGUUUGUGGCGAACAGGGUUGCCGCAAUCCGUGAGGGUUCUGUCAGUCAUCAAUGGAACUACGUACCAACUGGGGACAAUCCUGCGGAUGAUGCUUCACGCGGGCUGGCAGUGGACCAGUUUCUGAAGAGCGAGCGAUGGAUUCAAGGGCCAAGCUUCCUCUACAAACCACAAAGAGAAUAG